AUGGCAUCAGCUCCCAAAUCGGCUAGUAUCCCGCAGAAGCGGAAGGAUCCGCCGGCGCACGCCCCCGUACGCCCCAGGGAGCCCGAACGCGCCGCAUCUCAGUCCGAGACAGACGCCGGCACACACAGCACAUCCCCCACCGACGAAUACGGCUCGGGGCGCAUCAUCUGCGAGUCCUGCGGCGAGGGUAUCUCCAUCAAGGACGAGGCCACCGGCGGCUUCACUGUCAAGCACUGGGACGCGCACCGGAACUCGUGCCAGAACGGGUCCGCGAGCACCGUCGACCAGCUUGCGUCGGAGGCGCCGAGCACAACGGCCGAGGCUUCCCAACCCCAAGCCAAGCGACGUCGUGCUAAGCGCACGGAAGAGGAGCGCAUCGAAUACCUCCGGACCGACCCGUACGUCGCCAAGUAUGAGGCGUACCGUGUCUUGUGCGCGUCCUGCGACAAGUGGAUCCGCCUCCGCCCCAAUUCGACGUACUGCUCCAUUCCUUGGGACGCACACCGGAAGAGCUGCCUGGCUAAGCGAGUGGCUAAGAACGCGCACCCAGUCGACGACCGCAGUGCCGCCUUUGCGUCAGACCCAAAUGUGAAGCGAUUCGACAGCUCACGCGUGCAGUGCCGUUCGUGCGAGAAGUGGAUCCCGAUCCUCGCCGACGACCAUGCUGCGGCCAUAAAGGCGUGGAAGCAACAUCGGGAUGCUUGCCAGCCGCAGCCGGCGUCGAGCCCUAGGGCAUCGACUUCCAAGUUCAAUAUUGCCAACGUGCCGCCGCCGCCGAAGCACCUCCUGGCACUGGCCUCGUCCUCUUCGCUCCCACCACCGGCCUCUGCAUCUGCCCGUGCUGCGGUAACGCAGUCCACGGCGCAUCCUGGACAGCAUACCCAGCCGGCCCCAGUAGCGUUCAAGGAUUACACCCCGAACAACUACCCCGGUACACAGGAGUCCCGCAGACGGAAUGCCGACCAGCGUGCUGCAGCGCUGCGGGCCGAUACACUCCUUGGGGAGGUCGAGCCAAACCGUGUGUUCUGCAAAAUGUGCCACAAGUGGGUCCAGCUCCGUCAGGACAGCACGUACUGCGCCUACCCUUGGCUGCAACACCGUGCCAAAUGUCUCAAGAAGCAUCAAAAAAUCUCGGGUCGCGAAGCAGAGAUCGCGGAGCUCCGUGCGACACGGGAUGCAGCGCUUGAGGGCGAGCUCGAGGUCACCGACUCCAGCGCCAACUCCGAUCCAGAGGAAGACGACGACGAAGACGAUACGGACCGCGAGCGGCGGAAGGCGGAGCGGCGGCGUGCGAAGGCGUUGGCAAAGGCAGAGGCUGCCGCGGCGCGGUUACGGCAGCUUGAAGACGCACGGGCCGGACGUGCUGGUUCUGUGGCUUCCAGUGAAGAUGAUGACGCGAUGUGGGAUUACAUGGACGUCGACAUGGUCCUUCCGCCGAGGCUCGCCGACCUCGAUUCGCCGUCUGGGAGGCUCGAGUUCGUUUCGCGCUCUGUACGCCACCUGUUUAGGAUCACGUACGCGCGGUCAGACGAGCUGACCAUUGCCGCGCUUGUUACGUACCUUAACGCGGCAAUGCCUCCGGACAAGUACGAGGACUUCGACACGGCGGAAGUAACGAAGAUGACCACGACGCUGCAUGAGCGCGGAACGGUGGUCUUCGAGGGAGAUGUCAUCCGCAUACCCACUUGAAGACUUUCGUUUUCUGGCAAUCGACCUAUCAACGAUGAACGAGAGCGCAAGCGGGGAAUUGUCAUCAGAGAGGGGAGACCACCUUCCAGGCACGACGCGCGCUCCACGGUGGUUGUGCGGCAUUAUUAUAUCGCGAACGAGCGGGUUCCUUCUUGGAAGAGGGCCUUGGACGGACCCUUGUACGACGUGCUGCCAAUUUGCCGUAUACUUCUUGUUGUAUCUACUACGUAUGGGCCGGCGACUCCUUUGCGCGAAAACCUGUGUGUAGUUGUAGCGUAGCGUGUAUGCCUCAUUGAGUGCAAUGCGACAGUCAUGCUU